CUCAGAUCCGCCCAGUGAGCAAGAAGCAGAAAGACGAAGCGUUGGAGUUGUGUAGAAUAACAGAUCAACAAUGCCCACUCAAUCUGCCCGCGCCUUUUACGGCACCCUCGUCCACACCCCCGAACCAACCCAUCUCGAAGUCCACCACAAUACUCUCAUCAUCGUCUCACCAACCGGCACAAUCCAAUCCCUCCAACCAUCCACCACCGCCAACACCAUCUCCUCCAUCCUCGCCUCCCACAACUACACCCCAGAAACCUGUCCCCUAACAACCCUCGACCGCAACGAAUUCCUCCUCCCAGGCUUUAUUGACACGCACAACCACGCCCCACAGUGGUCCCAACGCGGCACAGGCCGGGGCAUCGACCUCCUAACCUGGCUGGAAAAGAUCACCUUCCCGCACGAAGCGCGCUGCGCGGACACAACCCACGCCACACGACUCUUCAAGAACUGCGUCGCAGGAGGUCUCAAGCAGGGCAUCACAACAGCGUGCUACUACAGCUCGCUGCACAUAGAGGCAACAACCAUUCUGGCACAAACAUGUCUCGAACAGGGUCAGCGGGCCCUAAUCGGUCGAUGCGCUAUGGACCGCAACGCGCCAAGCUGGUACGUUGAUGCGGACCCCGCCACUGCCAUAGCCGCGACAGAAACCUCUAUCGCGCAGAUCCAGGCGCUGGACCCCAGCGGUGAGCUCGUGCGACCAGUGAUCACGCCGCGGUUUGCCAUCAGCUGUAGCUAUACGACCCUGCAACGCCUGGGAGAUCUGGCAGCGUCACACCGGGAGCUACCGAUCCAAACACACUUCAACGAGUCACGGGGCGAGAUUGCGUUCACCAAAGAACUAUUCCCACAGUAUGACACUGAGGCAGAAAUGUACGAGUCGUUUGGACUGCUCGGGCCGCGAACGAUCCUCGCACACGCGAUCUAUCCUACUGAGUGGGAGAUAGCGCGUCUGCAGGCGCGUAGAUGUGGGAUCGCACAUUGUCCGACGCCAAAUACGACGAUGGAUGAGUUUAUGGUUGCGCCGAUUAGGGAGUAUUUGCGGCGGGGGAUGAAGGUGGGGCUGGGGACGGAUUGUGGGGGAGGGUUUUCAGGGUCGAUGUUGGAGGUUAUGAGGUGGGCUUUCAUGGUUUCUGUUGCUGGAAAGGGCGGGGUCAGGGGUGAGGAUGUGGCGGGCUCUGGAGGAGUUGGGAGUGAGGUGAAGGCUGGGGAGGAGAUUUCUCUGGUUGAGGGACUGUGGAUGGCGACCGCGGGCGGAGCGAAGGUUGCUGGGUUGGGUGAUAAAGUGGGGUGUUUUGCGGAGGGGAUGGAGUUUGAUGCGAUGGUUGUGAGGACGGCGAGGUGGGAGGAUGAAGAGGAGGGUGUAGAUGGGGUGAUGGCGUUGGUGGAGGAAGGAGACGAUAUGGAGGCUGUUGUGGAGAGGUUUGUGAUGACGGGGGAUGAUCGGAAUAUUCGACGCGUGUUUGUCAAGGGGAGGGAGGUGAAGUCAUUGAAUUAGGGAAGGUAUACCCUAUACAGGCUUUUCUAUGGGGAAUGGUAC